CACAUGGCAAAAUUGAUGAUUGGCAGAAUAAAUACAUGGCAAACUUGACACAUGGCAAAAUUGAUGAUUGGCAGAAUAAAUACAUGGCAAACAUGACACAUGGCAAAAUUGAUGAUUGGCAGAAUAAAUACAUGGCAAACUUGACACAUGGCAAAAUUGAUAAUUGGCAGAAUCAAUACAUGGCAAACAUGACACCUGGCAAAAUUGAUGAUUGGCAGAAUAAAUACAUGGCAAACUUGACACAUGGCAAAAUUGAUAAUUGGCAGAAUCAAUACAUGGCAAACUUGACACAUGGCAAAAUUGAUAAUUGGCAGAAUCAAUACAUGGCAAACUUGACACAUGGCAAAAUUGAUGAUUGGCAGAAUUAAUGCAUGGCAAACUUAACACAUGGCAAAGACAAAGGCAUAUCAAAGUCAAUACAUGGAAAAAUUAAUACAAGGAAAACUUGGUAUACUUGGUGUAUACUGGAGAUGUUUCACUAUUUUACAGGUUUAACUAUAUCGCUUCUUAUGUUUUUGUUGUUUGAAAAAUAUAAUCCAACGCAAGACAAGUAAACACUUUAAGAGUAUGGGUUAGGCAUAUUGAAUCAUAUUGGUGAUAAUUUACAGGUAUUUGUAUUUACAUUUGGUGUUCUGUUUAUUUGUUAUUUUUUGAAAAGCCCUGUUUUACUAUUUCAACAUUCCUUACAUUAUAUGAUUUCUUGGCAAGUAUAGUGACCUUUAAAGUGUAAAAAAGAAACUUUAUGGAAAUACAGGGCAUCCAUAAAGUCGCUUUACUAUUAUAAUACAAAGUCUGUUUAAAGUGUAAAGAGACUUAAUAG